AUGAAAUCUAGAAUUCAACGAUUGAUGCAUAGAGAGAGCUUUGAGUAAUUUUAAUAGUCAAAUAAAGAAGAAUAGAAAUAGGAUAAAAGAAAAUAUAGAAAGCAAUAAAUUGCUUAAAACAUGGUUAAUAAGCAUGAUGACGACUGUCAAAUAAGAUUAAUAAUUAAUAGAAUUUAUCCCAACCGUCGAAAUUCAGAAAACUAUUCAGUAUUAAAUGAAAUUAGGCAUAAUAUCCUUACCAAACUUAAUUUAGAUAUUUUGGCAAGAGGUGAUCCUAUUUAAGAAUUAACAAGUCUAGAUAAAAUAAUGUACUAAGAAUUUAGAAGACUAGUUGAUAAAUAAUUUUAAAAUUCAAAGAUUAUUCCAUCAAAACUAAUACCAGUAAUUGGAAAAGCUUCGUUGAUAUACAAGGCUACAGUUGAUGGAUUUAAUUCAAUUGAUUUUCACAAAAAAUGUGAUAAUUAAGGGAAUACAAUUUCAUUUAUCUUGAGUGAAUAUAAUCAAGUCUUUGGAUGUUACACAUCUAAAUCUUGGUAAUCUCCUGAAAACGUUCAAUAAGUUGAAGAUAGUGAAGCAUUUAUUUUUUCUCUGACUAAAAAUACAAUCCAUAGAUAAUAUCAGAACUCUGAGUAUGCAGUUGAACAUAAUAAAGAUUGGCUCACAGUGCUUGGAUAUAACGAUGAUAUAGCCAUAUAAAGUGAUUGCAAUUAAAAUAUGGAUAGUUUUUGUGGUCUAGGUGGUACUUUUAUACCGCCUACAGGUUAUUAUUAAGAUGAUUAGGAAUCAAAGGUAUAUUUAGCAGGAGCUUUAAAAUUUAGAGUGAUCGAGAUAGAAGUGUAUCAAGUUAUUAAGUGA